AAGGCGCGCGGUUUACGCAGAGCACAGGGGGGUGAAAACGUGGAGACCUGGCCGCCGGCCUUGCGCGCCCACGGAGGACCCGGGCGGCGAAGCAGCGUUCGCGCCGAUCGUCGUCGGGAGACCCAGUGCCGUCGAGUCGAUUUCUGCGUUAAAUUACCUGCCGUACGGAACCAAAACAGACCCGCUGCCGCCGAGUCUGUGCUGACUCCAGAGUCCUGGCGGAGUUCUACGGAGGCCCUGGACCUGCCUGGGGACACGCGGGACUGGGACCUUUUGCUUCCCGAGAGCUCGGCUGCCCCCCUCAAGCAUGCUGAUCCCAUGUUCAGUGAAGAACUGCUUCCAGUUACUUCGUAACCGUCAGGUCCCCGCAGCUGGCUUAAAAGGCACAGUGAAAAACGGGCUCAUUUUACAGUCCCUUUCCAAUGAUGUUUACCAAAAUCUGGCUGUAGAAGAUUGGAUCCAUGACCAUAUGAAUCUAGAAGGCAAUCCAGUUCUUUUCUUUUGGAGAAAUUCUCCCUCUGUUGUAAUUGGUCGGCAUCAGAAUCCGUGGCAAGAGUGUAACCUGAAUCUGAUGAGAGAAGAAGGUGUAAAACUGGCUAGAAGAAGGAGCGGGGGAGGGACAGUCUACCACGAUAUGGGUAACAUCAAUUUGACUUUCUUUACAACUAAGAGCAAGUACGAUAGGAUGAAAAACCUGAAAUUAAUUGUGCAAGCGCUGAAGGCUGUCCGGCCCCAGCUGGACGUGCAGGCUACCAAAAGAUUUGACCUUUUACUCGAUGGACAGUUUAAAAUCUCAGGAACCGCUUCUAAGAUUGGCCGGACUACUGCUUAUCACCACUGCACUUUAUUAUGUAGUACUGAUGGGACCUUCUUGUCCUCUUUGCUCAAGAGUCCUUACCAAGGCAUCAAGAGCAACGCCACUGCCAGCAUACCUUCCUCAGUAAAAAACCUUGUGGAAAAAGAUCCCACUCUGACCUGUGAAGUACUGGUCAGUGCUGUCGCUGCCGAGUACGCCGUUCAUCAUCAGAUUGAUAAUCACAUUAACCUCAUAAACCCAGCAGAUGAGACGCUGUUUCCUGGGAUAAACAGCAAAGCCAAAGAACUGCAAACUUGGGAGUGGAUAUAUGGCAGAACUCCCAAGUUCAGUAUAAACACUUCCUUCAGUGUCUUAGAUGGGCAGUCACACGUGGAAAUUAAAGUACACGUAGACAUAAAGAAUGGAAGAAUCCUGGCCUGUAAUAUCAAAGCGCCUGAUCGUUGGUUGCCACCGGAAGUUUGUGACAAAUUAAAUUCACGUUUUAUCGACAGUAAGUUUUGCCCCAUCGAAACUACCAUGCUAACGGAUAUAUUACUGAGAACAUGUCCAGGAGACCAUGAACUAUAUAGUAAAUGGAAUAUUCUCUGUGAAAAAAUGAAGGGAAUAAUGUGAUUCAAAGUAAAUGUCUUAAUAGUGAUGGUUUAGAUGAGAAAAUACAAAAAUUUAAAUGUACAUUGCAUGUCUCUUAAAAAAAAGUCUUAGCAUCUUUGAGUAACUUCUCCCCACUUGAAAUUGUCUAUCACCCAUCCUUGUGUUUUCUACUGACCUCUAGGAUACUCUUUCUUCACUGAUCUUGACACCUGGCACACAUUUGUGUCUUCAUCUCCUGCUUCUGUUACCAUCUUGGUGGUGUGUACCAUAUUAGACACUCUGACCUCACAGUUGCAUGUUUUCCUUACCUCUGAGGACAGAGCCCUGGUGGCACAGUGGCUAAGAGCUAGGCUGCUAACCAAAAGAUCUGGUGGUUCGAAUCCACCAGCCACUCCUUGGAAACCCUAUGGGGCUGUUCUACUCUGUCCUGUAGGGCCUCUAUGAGUCAGAAUCGACUCAAUGGCAACAGGUUUUAAGGGCUAGACAUUUAGUUCUGUUAUACAUAAGGUUGCCAUGAGUCUAAGAACAAGUGACCCCAGAAAGCCAAGCAGAAGCUAUAUUGUCUUCAUGACUUUGCCUCAGAAGUAACAUGGCAUCACUUCUGCUGCAAUGAAAUGCAACCAAGUUCAAAGGAACAUAGACCCCUACCUCUUAAUGAGAGGAAUGUCAGAGUCCCAUUAUAACACAUCCCACACUUCUGGGAUGGGAGAUCUCAGGGCAGUUAUUGUUGCAAAAGUACAAUCUACCACACCGACUGAGGGAACAACAUACAGAAGUCCUUAAGGCAGGAAAAAAUGAGGCUUAUUCAUGGUAUUGAAGGAAGUACAGGCAAACUCACGUGUGGG